AUGGUCUCAGAAUUGUGCCCUGUCUAUUCUCCAUUUUUUGGUGCUAUGGGCUGCGUCGCUUCAAUUGUCUUCACUUGCUUCGGCGCUGCCUAUGGAACUGCUAAGGCUGGCGUUGGAGUUUGCUCGAUGGGCGUCCUACGACCUGACUUGAUUGUGAAGAAAUGCGAUACUAAUCUAGUGCGUUAUCUAAUAGAUAUAGUUCCAGUUGUGAUGGCUGGCAUUAUCGGAAUCUAUGGUCUAGUCGUUUCUGUUCUUAUCGCAAACGGUUUAAAGCAGGAUCUCGCGUUAUAUACAGGCUUUCUCCAGCUUGGUUCAGGUUUCUCGGUCGGUCUUGCUGGCUUGGCCGCUGGUUUCGCUAUUGGCAUUGUUGGUGAUGCCGGGGUUCGUGGAACAGCCCAGCAGCCAAAACUAUAUGUUGGCAUGAUUCUGAUACUUAUCUUCGCCGAAGUUCUUGGCCUGUACGGUCUAAUCGUCGCCCUUCUUAUGAAUUCGCGCGGGAACCAAAAUGUCGAGAGAUGUGUAUAA